GCGGCCGACUUGCUCGUCUGGGUUUUCUUGUCUGGAGAGGUGGAUUGUUUCGUGCGUGGUUUCGUCCGUUUACGACUGGUUGCGUUUUUUCGUGUGUUGUCUCCUGAUUCGUCGCCGUCAGCCGGAGUGUGCAAUAUUGGAAAGAUAUCAACAUCAGCUGUUCGGUUCGCUGGCUGUGGCUAGGACUGAGUGCAGUGCAGUCUGUUUAUCUUAAUUCGGUGUCGCUCGAGGUUGAAAGCAGAAAGUUUUUUCGGUUCAAAGAAAGAAGCUUCGAUCACAGGAAGUACAGCGCAUAUAUCGAACCGGUCGUCGUAGUCGUCGUGGUUGUUGGCAGUGUUUGCUUUUUUGGAUCGUACAUCGUUUGGUUCUUCCGCUGCGUGUGAGCAAUCGCUCUGGUGUGCAGCGAGCGGGUGAAGCGCGGAACGGAUGCAGUUUUUCGGAGUGCAUUUCUGUGUUGUAGGUACACACGGUAAAGCCUAGCCGGGAAAAAGUUUUGACUCUAUCGGUUUCGGCUCCAAAUAACCGUCGAGCUCUAGCGUUCAGAAAGAGCAGUUGUCUACAUGAUUAUUAAUAGAUUUAUUGAUGAUACACAGUUAAUAAUUUAAUUACCGUGUACUACCGUGUGCACUCGUGAAGGGAUCCACAGCAGACCAAACUUGUGCAGCACGAAUAGUGCAUUUCUUCGCGGCGAAGCCGCAAGAAGAGUAACCAGCAAUAAUUGGAGGUGUAUGUGCGCGCAUAGGUGAGAAGCAGGGCAGCGACCGCGUGCCGAGUUCUGAAGGUGCCGCUGUAUGUGCGUGCAUUAGAGUGCGAAUGAUGAUUGUAUUUUUAAGUGAAUGAAAAAUUGGUGGCAAUUUCCUACCACGAACCGAGAGUGCGCCACGGCAGUGUAAAGUGAGAACGAUUUAAUUGUCAAAAUAGUCAAAUUGGAUGCAUGCAAUUCGGCUAAUCGAGGAAUAAUUCAACUUGAUGUGUGCGGACAAACCGGUGUUUUAUGAAUCGAGACUAACGAGAAACACACGCACAUCACAUAUUUCUCGGAUAGAGAGAGAUAAGCAGUGGCGAGUGGAUUGUGGUGCGAUGCUGAUGACACCGUAGUCACGGACGGAAUCUGACUGUCAUCAGGGGUUUUUGUUUCACUCGUUGCCCGCCGAAUAUUGCGUGUCGGUUGUAUGUUAUGUUAUUACUGGGUGUUCGCAGUGUUUGAUUUGGCAGCUGAAUAAUAAUAGAAGUGCUGCCGUCCGGCUGGGAGCACCAUCGGAAAAAGACAGCUAAUAAUCAUCGACAGAUCAUAACAAGUGUGUUCACGGUAUGCAAAAAAAGUUCUUCGUUUCGGAGUGAUGCAGUGAGUGUUCAUUGACCGUCCGAGAAUAGUGAUCUUAAGUUUUUUCAUUCGCGUUAUCGUGGACUGACCGGUGUGAACGGUUUUACUUUCGAUUGAGUGAAAGGUGAACUUCGAAAGUUGUCGAUUCUGCGUGAGCAGCGAAAGUGAUAACAAACAAAGGAAAUAGGAGAGUAAAAAUGGCGAUCCUUGGCUUGAAGCGUGUGCCGUCAUAUUUAAUGGUUGCCGCUUGGAUGGUUCUGGUGCUGCUCCGACUGCAGCUAGUUAAUGCCCAGUACCGGUCGCCGCGCAUCACCGAGCACCCGAGCGAUGCCAUUGUACCGAAGAAUGACCCUGUGACGCUGAACUGUAAGGCCGAAGGGAAACCGCAACCGGUGAUUCAGUGGUACAAGGAUGGUGAAAUGGUCGUGCUGGACUCGAACCACGUGCUGUUACCCUCCGGGUCGCUGUUUUUCCUGCGCACGGUCCACAGCAAAAAGGAGCAGGAUGACGGCGUGUAUUGGUGCGUGGCCAGCAACAAGGCCGGCACGGUGCACAGCCGGAACGCGACGCUUCAGGUUGCUGUUUUACGCGACGAUUUUCGGGUGGAACCUAAAAAUACCCGAGUAGCGGCGGGUGAAACAGCGCUGCUGGAAUGUGGCGCACCGAAAGGCAAUCCCGAACCGACUAUCUUCUGGAAAAAGGAUGACAUUCAAAUGGAACUGGACGACUAUCGGAUUAGCAAGGAGCUGGCCCGAGUGCGGGUCGUGGACGGUGGUAAUCUGCUAAUUAGUGACGUCCGGUCUGGUGACGCUGGACGCUAUCAGUGUAUCGCACAAAACAUGGUCGGAUCACGGGAAAGCAUCUACGCCAGACUCACCGUGCAAGUCAAACCGUACUUCCUGGCGAAACCGAUCGACGUAACCGUACUGGAGGGGCACCGGGUUCAGUUUCAGUGUGCCGUCGGAGGUGAUCCGUUUCCGCAGGUCCUGUGGAGCAAGGAAAACGGUCACAUUCCGGUCGGGCGGGCCGACAUCCUCGAGGAGGACCGCAGUUUGAUAAUCCGCAAUGCCACUCUGGACGACCGGGGCCAGUAUAUCUGCGAGGCGCACAAUGGGGUCGGACAGAUCAGUGCCCGGGCCAAUCUGGUCGUAAACACUCCACCAUAUUUCACUGUUCGUCCCCAGGAUCAGAAGGUUGUUCCCAACGGGGUGGCGACGUUUCGGUGCGCUGCCACCGGCAGCCCACUGCCCUCGGUUUUCUGGACCAAGGAAGGCUCUCAGACGCUGAUGUUCCCCAACAAUACGUACGGUAGCAUCCAGAUAUCCGGCCAGGGUUCGUUGCAGAUCCGCGGCGUUCAACGUGAGGACGAAGGUUACUACGUCUGUUCUGCGCUCAGCGUGGCUGGAUCGACAACCAGCCGGGUUUAUCUGCAGGUCGCUUCUUCACUGGAUUCUAUUACUCCACCCUUGUUGCAGCAAGUACCCUCCAAUCAAUCGCUCCCGGUUGGAACCAACACUGUCCUGCCCUGUAGAUUGGCGGACUCUACCGACAGUAUUGCACGCAUCGUCUGGGAGCGCAACGGAAACGAGCUGAACACUCCCACCACUCCCAGGGUAACCCAACUUCAGGGAGGCUCCCUCAAGCUAGACGAUCUACAAAAGCAAGACAGCGGCUGGUAUCGCUGUGUGGCUCGGUUCGGCAAUGCGGGUUCAACAACGAAAAAAUUGGCAUCCUGGAGUGCAUACCUAAGGGUCGACGACGAUCUACCCGUCGCCCAGCAGCGCACAUUCAACGCUGACCUCGCACCGACCGCACCCGGUUCCCCGAGGGCACUGAACAUCACCAACAGCAACAUCACUCUGGCCUGGCCCGGUCGCAGUCAGGACUUCGUAAAAUCUCGCUCGACAUCAACGCCGCAGGUCCCGGUAGCCUACACCAUCGAACAGUUCAGCACGGACAGCGAAGGACAGUCGGGUUGGAGUAUCGCCCUACGGCAGAUUGCGGGCAACACGGCAACCGUUACCGGACUGUCGCCGGAAACGACUUACCUGUUUGUUGUUCGAGCGGAAAACGCGUACGGCGUCUCCGCUCCGUCUGGUUUGUCGGCGCCUUUUCGUACCCUGUCCUCGGAUGACCGUGUCAGUGUGCCAGAGGAACUGGAAAGCGCACGGAACGUUCUCAGCGGGAAGAUCCUGGAACUGAUCGACAUCAUCCCACUGACGUCAACCUCCGUGCGGUUGGAGUGGCUGUUGCACGUCAGCAGCUCGGAACAAUUUGUCGAGGGCUUCUACGUGCGCUACCGGGAGCUGGACUCCGCCAGCCAGCGCUACAGUAUGCUGUCGAUUCCGAACAACGAAAUCGAAAGCCACAUCAUAUCAAACUUAAGUAAAUUCACCAAAUACGAGUUCUUCCUGACACCGUUCUUCAAGAACUUGGAGGGUCAACCGAGCAACGCGAGGAUUGUUCAGACUAUGGAGGAUCUUCCGUCGGCGUCGCCGGUUAAUGUUCAGACCGGAAUGUUCAAUCUGACAGCCGGUUGGGUCCGGUGGGGUCCUCCACCGAAGGAUCAUCUUAAUGGAGUUCUGCAAGGGUAUAAGAUUCAGGUUAAAGCUGGGAAUAUUUCGAAACUACUGGCACAGAUGACGCUGAACGCUAGUUCCUCCUCGGUUAUGUUGAAUAAUCUUACGACCGGUUCCAGCUAUGGCAUUCGGGUGGCGGCAUUCAACCGAGCUGGUUUGGGACCGUACUCGAAGCCAGUUCAUCUAGUGAUGGAUCCAUCGUUUGUGAUUGUUCCACAGGGUGUCCACAAUAGUUACAAUGAUCAUGAAGAUCACAGACAUCAUAAUUUCCUUCACGAAACGUGGUUCAUGAUUUUCGUGGUGUUGUCUCUGUUUGUGAUUCUGUUGUUCACAAUUAUCGGUGGGGUAAUAUUUUUCAAACGUCGACACGGUUUAGGAAAGCCGGUCGUUACGGUUCCUAUCGGGGCUAGGCGGGACAUUCCAAGCUUGAAUGUUGUGCGGAAGGACAACGGUAUCUGGAUCGAUCGCGGCUGGCGUACUUGCGACACCGAUAAGGACUCGGGACUGAGUUCGAUUAAGUUGCUGGAGGGUAAUCACAUUUAUCCGAACCAGGCCCUGUCCGAUGGAGGCACCGAUUAUGCUGAGGUUGAUCCUAGAGGUGUUACUUCGUUCUACAACUGCAGAAAGUCCCCGGAAAGUCCUACCCCGUAUGCAACCACUAUGAUCAUUAACGGCAUCCCUCAUAGCGAUAAUGGGGAUUUGAGCUUCCAAGGUCACGACACGUUUUCCUCGACGGCGUCGAGCUUCCGUUCGUUUUACGGCUACCCAAGGCCACUGAAUAGUAAUCAAGUUCCUCCUAACUGGGUGGAUUAUUUGCCACCACCUCCGGAGCAUCCACCACCGGCUCCCCAGCAGUUGGAUAUCGCUCACUUGAAUCACGUCUACCCGGCCGAUCAGCGGGUCGGAUCCAUCUCCAGUUCCCAGGGUUCCAGUUCCUACUGUUCCCGCCACACCGGCGGUUACAAGUGAGAUACGGCCAAGGGCCGCUCCUACAAUCAAUACCUGAUCAGUCCAAUGGGUGCCCUCCGCGGCGACUGCUACCACUAGCGGUUCUAGCAGUCGUUGCCGUGUAGAAGAGUAGGCUCCGGAGACCAUCGUUAACAUCCUAGACUUUCGCGGCUGUGCUGCAGGGGGUUGGCCUUUGCUGUAAAAAGAUAUCACACACAUACACAUCCACCCCAGUAGAAUCACCGAAAAGUGCCAACCGCUUUGCGGCGUUCCAGUGUUGCGAAAGUGAAGCGAAUCAUCCAAGCGAGACAGUUUUGGGCUGAAAGCAAUUGAGCCCUAAUGGUUAGCAGCCAGCACAUUUCUCCGGAUUGGACAUUCCUCACCGCGAAGGAACGAAUCCAGUGAUGAAGUUCGAGCUGCGGCUGCGCUAACCAUCAUCAGCACGGAGCAGACCGGCGUUUUGCGUCGAGAUUUCUCCGAGAAGUGCCAAAGCUUGAAUGGAAGAACGAA